AUGCCGAAGCAACUUGUUGCGAAGGAACACAUAUUGUCAGGUGACCUCAAAGGCUAUGACGACCAAGGUGACUGCGCCCAAACUACAUUUGACGGAGUGGGUGUCCAAAUAUCCGGAGCAGGAAAUUUCCAUGCUGGUAGAGAUGUGUUCAUAGGCAAGUUAGGUGCACCGAAUAAAUCAAGAUGUCUUGUCGACUUGAGGUUGACCGACCCUGCAAUCGACAAAUUACGUAUUGAAGCAUCGAAAGGAGGUCUUAUAAAGGAUUUGUGUUACUGGAUUCUAGAGAAUCCUGAUUUCGCAGCCUGGAGAGAUGAUCCUAUGAGCCGUCUUCUCUGGGUCAGAGGUGACCCUGGCAAAGGCAAGACCAUGUUGCUCUGCGGGAUUAUUAACGAGUUACAACAGGAUUCCCAUUACAACAUAUUGGGUUUCUUCUUUUGCCAAGCCACUGACCGCCGUCUCAACACUUCUACGGCCGUCUUACGUGGGCUCCUUUACCAUCUCCUCUCCCAGCAUAAUCAUCUUGUAUCGCAUUUGCAGCAGAAGUAUGAUCAAGGAGGGAAGGAGCUUUUUGAAGACGUAAAUGCGUGGUUUUCACUAUCAGAGAUCCUAACAAACGUCCUGCAGGAUUCAAGUCUUCAGGAAGUCUUCCUAAUAGUCGACGCGCUGGACGAAUGCGAGGGUGAUCGAGAUGACCUCCUCGAUUUUAUUUCAAAGACCUGUGGUUCAGGCCGAGUCAAGUGGAUUGUGUCCAGCCGCAACCUCCCGGAAAUUGAAGAAAAGUUCCGAAGCGUCCCGCAUAAAGUUGAAAUUUCUCUCGAACAGAGCCACGUGUCUGUUGCGGCCGCUGUUCACAGUUAUAUCCAGUAUAAAAUGGAACAUUUGGCCCAGUCAAAAAGAUACACUCCGGAGAUACGUAAUGCUAUCGAGCAGUAUUUGCUAUCAAACGCAGACAACACGUUCCUUUGGGUAGCUUUGGUCUGCCAGGAGCUCAUGCAUGUACGAGCGUGGAGUGCACGGGAGAGAGUAAAGUCCUUCCCCCGAGGUCUUAACUCUCUUUAUAACCGCAUGAUAGCGCAUGUACGCGAGUCGGACGACGCGAACUUUUGCAUGCAGAUCCUCGCGGUUGCAACUGUUGCGUAUCGACCAAUAUCGCUGGUUGAAAUGUAUCACAUUGUUGAUUUUCCCGAAGACUUUCCUCAAGAUCAGGAGCUUUUAGAGGAACUUAUUCAGUUUUGCGGCAGCUUUCUUACCCUUCGAGAAAGUGUCGUUUACUUUGUACACCACUCGGCGAAAGAGUUUUUACAAAAGGAAGCAGCUAGCGAUGUCUAUCCCGCUGGUAUUACUGACAUACACAAUUCCAUUUUUUUGAAGUCCAUUCAGGUUAUCUCUAGCAUCCUCAAGCGAAACAUAUACCGCAUAGAAGAUCCAGGAUUAAGGGUGGACCAAAUUCGACGACCAGACCCCGACCCUCUAGCUUCUUUGAGAUAUUCGUGCAUCCAUUGCAUUGAUCACCUCUACGAUGCAAUUCCGAAGAAUCAUAUGAUCAGAUACUUCCAGGAAAGAAAUGAGAUCGGUCAUUUCUUUACCGCCAGAUACUUACUCUGGCUAGAGGCUAUUAGCCUCCUUGGAAGCGUGUCGGAGGUUGUUCUUUCAUUAUCCAAGUUAUCAGCCCGUUUACAGACAAUUAGUAACAGAAUUGAACUCAUUGGCCUCAUCCAAGAUGCAGUUCGAUUCAUUCGAUAUCAUAAGACCUGCAUCGAGACAUAUCCUUUGCAGAUAUAUGAUUCCGCACUGCUACUGAGCCCGGCUCAAAGCCUUAUUAGAAAGGUGUACUCGGGCGAUGAGCCCGAAUGGAUAAAUGUCAAACCUGUCAUGGAAGAUGAUUGGAGCCCUUGUUUGCAGACACUUGAGGGCCAUGCCUUGGACAUUACCCGUGUCGUAUACUCCUACAGCGGUGAUCUUCUAGCCUCUGGUUGCAUGGAUGGUACCAUCAGGAUCUGGGAGACUAGUGCAGGCGCGGUCACCCAGAUUAUUAAUACCAACAAGCGGUACGAAACAGGUCCAAUCUCUUUCUCAGCAGAUGGUCGACUUCUAGCAGUUGGAAUCUCCAGGCAUUGCGAAAUCUGGGACACGGUCACAGGCCACUUUAUCCGUACGCUGGAGAGCCACCAUGCUUUAGUCUUAUCCCUCGCCAUCUCAGUUGAUGGCAAUACGUUUGCGUCAGCAUCUCAAGAUUCAACAGUCAACGUCUCAAAUAUUGCUACAGGUGACUUAGUCAAGACAUUCAAGCUUUCCGAAUGUGAUCAUACCCGACUUGACGCAGUCGCCUUCUCACCCGACACUCGAAUUAUGGCAGCAGCGUUCCAUGAACAUGGUAUCAAGAUAUACUGCACGAUUGCAGGCACCUGCACACGAACCAUCGGGAGCCACGAAGAGUUUGUUCGUUCAAUAGCCUUCUCACCUGACGAUCGCAUGAUUGCGACGGGGUUGCAUGACAGUUCUGUAAAGAUCAGGGACAUGAGCACAGGCGUCUUAACCCAUACUUUCGAAGGACAUCUUGACUGGGUCAAUUCAGUUGCUUUUUCGCAUGAUGGCCGUAUGAUCGCUUCCGGUUCCGACGAUUUUACCAUCAAGGUUUGGGAUUUGGCUACGGCGGUCUGUAAACAGACGCUGAAAGAUCACUGUGGGCCAAUAUCUUCCGUCGCCUUCUCACCCGAUAGUCGUAUACUAGCAUCAGGAUGCGCAGAUCACAGCAUCAAGAUGUGGGAUACGAGCAUGUCUACCAGUAGCCACACGUAUAAGGACCAUAGCAGUACGAUCAACCUCAUCAUUUUCUCACCAGAUAGCCGAAAAUUUGCAUCUGGGUCUGAUGACUUUUCAAUUAAAGUCUGGGAUGCGGCAACAGGUUGUUGCUUGUAUACACUCAGCGGACAUGAGGGCUCGAUCAAGUCAAUUACUUUUUCACCUGACGGUGGCCGCAUCCUUGUGUCGGGGUCAUACGACAAUACGAUCCGAAUCUGGGAUACAGCCACAGGUGCCUGUAUUCGCACGCUUCCGGGACACAGUGACACAAUUAACUCGCUUGUCUUUUCAGACCUCUCAACGUUUAUAUCAGCAUCAGAUGAUUGCACAAUUAAAAUCUGGGACAUGGACACCGGAAUCUGUCACCAAACCCUUGAAAGUCCAGAUGGUCCUGUGGAUUCGAUUGCCUUUUCACACGAUAAGUCUAUAUUGGCAUGGGCGUCUGAUUGCUCUAUCAAACUGCAAGACGAAACUGAAAAUGCAGAUAGCCAGCUUCGAAUUCUGAGAGGGCAUACUGAUAUAAUCAAAUCAAUUGCCUUCUCCCAUAAAGGCUUACGGCAAAUGAUUGCAUCAGCGUCGUAUGACGAGACUAUCAAAAUCUGGGAUACGGCGACAGGGUCCUGUGUUCAAAACCUGGCCAUGGGCAAACCAAUUGACAAGAUUGAGUUUGAAUCUGAACAACUGCUCCGAACUGAUCUUGGUACUGUGGUCCUGUCUUAUAGCGACCUAGACUCGCAAUCGGAUUCCUCCUAUUACCCAUUAGAAUCAGCAAUGUCAGAUAUCCUUACAAGGCCUACGCCACCCUUAGUAAGAAGUUUCGGAAUUUCGGGCGGAACUUGGAUUGCAUGGAAUAACAAGAAGGUUUUGUGGUUACCGUCCGAGUACUGGCCACGGCGGUCAGCAAUUUCAGGUACAACUGUUGUAAUCGGCUGUCGAACAGGUCGCAUUUUAGUAUUUGGUUUGAGCAUUAAAACCGGGUUUGGGGCACUCAGUAUUCAGGCCGCUGGUGGUUGA